AUGUCGGAUUUGCUGAAAAUCGACGAUAAAGCAAUUCUUUCUGUGCUUCUUUAUCAAUUUCUGCAUGGAAAAUCUGCAUAUUCAUCGUUCAAAGAAUUCAAUAAAGUCGUCAAAGACAAUUUUAUCAGUCGGGAUGAUUUCAAAUUUUGGUUCGACAGAUUUUCAAGCGGAAAACUCGAUGAAGAAGAUGAUAAUUUAUCGAUUUCCGAUAUGAAAAAAAUGCUGUCAGAUGACAAGCACCGCCUCAAAGCCUGUAUUUUCUUUGAGUAUCUGAAAGAGAUCGAUAAAAUCUUAAUUCCCGAAUUCUGUCACGAAGAAGUGUUUGUGGCUUACAAGAGAAUGAGCCAAGUGACACUUCUGAAACUGCACCACAUUGAGUCCUGGUACUUCCCGCCGAUUUAUCCUUUCGAUUACCAUGCAAUCUAUAAUCGUUUUGGACCAAUUGAAGAUGGUGGUGCCCGCGACCUCGAUAUCCCCAAUACAAAUGCAUACUAUAAAAUUAUCUUUGGCUGGGAUAAAACUAGCAUGAAAAAACGAAUUUAUUGA